AAAAACUCUAAAAGCGCACCGCUGGCGCUGCUGCGCCGCUCGCUGUUUCUGUGCUGGCGAAGAGACGGUCAACUGGUGGUACCUGCGCGCCUGCAUUUUCGGCAAAUUUCGGCCCGGAAAACGCUCGGAGGAGGAGGGGCAGCAACAUCAGCGGCCAUGAGCGGCAAGGUUCCGGGUUCGCCCAAGAAAGAGGGCAGCCCCCACAAGAGGCAGAGUCUCACGGGAAACAAUGAGGAUGACGGGGAGGCAGAGUUCCACUGGGAUGACUACUUGGAGAGCACGCAGAGCGAGGCUGUGCCGGCCACAGCCUUUGCCCAUGUGGAGCAUAGUUUGGAGAGUGGCCUGCGCCCAGGCAUGAAACUGGAAGUGCCACUGAGCUCUGCCGAUGGUGGCAACGGCAACGGCGAGAAUGGUGGCGGCAUCUACUGGCUGGCCUCGGUGGUGACCACAUGCGGCCCGCUGCUGUCCCUGCGCUACCUGGGUUACGGGGCGGACCGGUCAGCCGACUUCUGGUGCGACGUGGGCACCAACGAGGUGCAUCCACUGGGGUGGUGUGCCCGCAACCACAAGCCUCUCAAGCCACCUCCGGCCAUAUUAGAGAAGCACUUGGACUGGGAGAAGCUGCUUGCUGAUGAAUUGAAGAGUGCUGUCACCGUGCCAGCCUAUGUCCUUGAGAUGAAAGGCUCGGCACCCAUUGACCAGAUCCAGCCAGGCAUGAAGCUGCUUGUGCUUGAGGAAGAAAACCCACUGAAUGGCUGGGCUGCAUCGGUCCUGAAGAAUGUUGGUGGUCGCCUGCUUCUGCGCUAUGACGGUUGUAAUGACCCCCAUUGGGACCUGUGGCUCUUCUACCUGUCCCACCGGGUCAAGGCCCUCGACACACCUUCACACGGCGACCAGAAUUAUCGACCACCACAGUGCAUUGAGAAUCUGCACUCGCUGGAUGAGUGGAAGCGUAUACUGCGCGAGUCCAUGGGUGAGGCCCAGAAGUACAAUGGAAAGAUCCUUGCCAACAUACUGCAGCCGCCAGUACCUCUGUCCGAGCACAGCUUUGAGGUCGGCCACAAGGUGGAGCUGCUGAACCCCAUGAGUCGUAUGGAGGCCUGCCCUGCCACGGUCACGGCCACCUUGGCCUCAGGGCAGUGGUUCCUUGUACAGGUGGAUGACCUGAGGCAUCCCACAGAAGCACCCCCUCUGGUUCGCUGCUGCCAUGCACGGUCGCAGACUCUUCUGCCAGUUGGCUGGGCCCAGGAGAAUGGGCUGCCCCUCCUGGCACCCCCUGGCUACCUGCCUGAGACAUUCAGCUGGGAGGAGUACCUCAAGUCGUGUGGAGCUAAAGCAGCACCAAGAUCGUGCUUUCACCUGGAAGAAGACAGCCUAGGCUUUGAGCCAAACCAGAAGCUGGAGGUGGUUAACGGAAAGAAUCCCAAUGAGCUUGACUGA